AUGACUGAAGAUAAUAUUGAUAAUGAUAAAAUUGAAGGAGCCACUCAUAGGCUUAUUUUAAAAUUAAAAAAUGAAAGAUUGAAUGAGGAAAUAUUAAAAAAAACAAUAAAUGAAUAUAAACAAACAAUUGAAAUAGUUUCCAAAUUAACAAAAAAGUUAAAUCACAAAGUUAUUAUUCCAUUUUCUAGGAUUGCUUUUUAUGAAGGACAAAUAAAAUAUACUAAUAAUAUUUACCAAAAUAUCGGUUGUAAUACAUAUUGUGAGAGAACAGCUGAAAAUGCACAUGAUUUUCUUAAAAAUAGGCUAGAUUUUUAUGAAAAAAAAUAUAAAAUAAUAUCAGAUUCUAUAACUAGAUUAACAAAAGAAAUUGAACUCGCUUUAGAACUUGAUCAUACUUCAAAAAUUGAAAAAAAUAAAGAUAAUUUAAAUAAUAUUUUUUUAAGGCCUGAUGGAUUUUUAGAAAUAAGGGAGGAAUAUCAUAGUAGUGAUGAAGAUUCAAAGAACCAAAAAAAAAGUGAUAAAGAAAAAAAUAUUAUUCAAGAAAAGAUUACUGAUAAUGAAAAUAUUAUUGUAAAAGAUGAAAACAUUAAAAGAUAUAAUAAUGAAAUGACAAAUAUGGAGCAAAUUAAUUCAAAAAAGGAUAAGCAUCAAGAGAAAGAAAAAAUGAAUUUAAAUAAAAUAAGUAAUAAAUCUUUAAAUGUUAACGAACAGGGCUUACUUAAUAUAAAAGAAAACUAUACUAGUAGUAGCAGUAAUUAUGAAGAAUAA